CGUCUAAGAUCUUGCCUUCACUCCACGCUCUUGCUUUGAUCUGCUCAGCGUUUGCCAACCGGCGCUGGCUGUUCCUUCGUAACCACCAUGUCUUCACCCACUAAUCCGCCUGUGCCAGCGGAUCCUCCAGCCUCGACCACAAAUUCAGGCGGGGUACGACGACACCAUACGAUUACGGCUGCGUCUCGCUCUACCCGCAGCGCUGCCAGGGAAACGAUCUCGGAGGAAUCGCAGAACCCGGAUCUCUGGAAUGAGGAUGAGUUCGUUGGCGAAGAAUGGGUUGGCGGUGUGGGUGCUGUCGGGGAAAAGAGCUCGCUGCAUCGACAAAGCUCGUUGCCUACUCGAUAUCAUCGAGCCUUCCAAAGCUCCAGUGCCAAGUCAGGUACUUUGACGCCGAAGACACUGAACAGUCUCACCGCCAUUGCUGGUCACGAAGGCGAUGAGGAAGAAUGGGAACGGGAAAUCGGUGGUUAUUCUGCUCACGAAGAGGAGGCGGCUCCUGGUGAUGUUUCGCAGACUGUAGAUGCAUACAGUAGCGGCAACACGAGCGUCCCUUCACCUCCUCUUGCCGCUUCCAGUGUCCGUCGACAUGUUUCUCUCACGUAUGGUGCCCAAGGCGCGGGCGGCACCCGCCCAAAAAUGGCUUCAUCCACUCUGAAACGUUCCGGUACACUGCAAACGCCAGUGCCCACUCAUCCUCCUCCUUCGCAAGACAACAUCGUUGCUGCUGCUGAGGAAGAGGAAUACUCUUACUCGGAGGACCCGGCUGGUUACGAAGAGGACUAUUACGGCAAGCAGUACGGUGGACCCACAAGUCCUGUUGGCCGUUCUUCUCCUUGGUCUUCAAACAACGAAUGGAGAGCCUCUGGUGGAUCUGGGCUGUCCACCAGUAGCAGCGGAAGUUUGAACAACAAUUUGCCUAUUGAUGAUGUCCAACGCGCCCUCUCGGCUUUGGAUAUCUCUAGCAAUGGAGGCAACGGUCAAAACAUGUACGGUGGUAACUAUCAACCCGGAGGACAGAGCAACCAUCCCCCACGGUUCAAUCCUGCUCAUCCACAGCCAAAUCAGUCGCUUAGUGGCCGUAACAGCUCGAACAGUAAUAACGAAAGACACCAGCUUUCUCAGCCUACGACCGGGAGCGGUUUCCAACAAUACCAACAACAGGGACAGCAGUCUCAGUCUGCUAAUGCCGCGAACUGGGAACAAAAAGAUCGGGGUCUCACUGGACGCUCGUCUAACCCCAAUUUACAGUAUGGUUAUCAGCAAGGUCACGGCAAAUCCGCGAGCGGUUCCAGCAACAGUGGCACUGGCAUUCCCAGCGUACCUGCGAUUCCAGCACAGUAUCUUCAGCAGCAGCAACAACAACAACAGCGACCAGGUUUGGGUGUCGCCACGAACUUCUCACAGAGUCAAAGCAGUGGAAGUGGACAGACUCCCACCCAAGGAUACAAUCCAACUAACUUUGAGACUAGGCCCCAAUUUGCACGGUUUUUCGUUAUCAAAUCGUACACCGAGGAUGACGUUCACAAAUCUCUGAAAUAUGAGAUUUGGAGCUCGACGGAUCCGGGGAACAAGCGGCUCGACAAGGCAUUCAAGGAAUGUGCCGGACGUGGUCCCAUUUAUUUGUUCUUUAGUGUCAAUGCGAGCGGGCAUUUCUGCGGCAUGGCUGAAAUGCUGACUCCGGUCGAUUACACCCGAAGCAGCACGGUUUGGGCUUCUGAUAAAUGGAAGGGUGUAUUCAAAGUGCGGUGGAUCUUCGUUCGUGAUAUUCCCAAUUUCAAUUUGCGGCAUAUCAAGUUAAACAAUACGCAAGAACGCAAGCCCGUCACCAAUUCUAGGGAUACCCAAGAGCUUCUCCCUGAUGCUGGACACGAGAUGCUGAGAAUAUUCCACUCACAUCCCGCGAGAACAUCGCUGUUGCAAGACUUUGCCUUCUACGAGCUUCAGGCGAUGCAGAAGAUGCAAGCACAGUCUGGACCUUCUUCUCCCAGCAUCAGCAGCUCGAGCGGAGGGAUGCAUUCACCGCCUCUGCAAAGCGUAUCCCCGAUUCCUCAGCCUCAACAAGCUCAACAGCAAACUAUGUUCGCGGGGAAUCCCAACGCUAUGGCGUAUCAAAUGCCUCAGAUGACUCCGAUGAUGCAGAUGCAAAUGAUGGGAAUGAACAUCGGGAGCCAAUUUGGCAUGCCGCAAGUGAUGCACCAGAGCGUGAUGAGGAACCCUUCUCCUGGUCCCCAAGGACAAGGACAAGGAUUCAUAGGAAUGCCUGGUUUCUGAUGAGACAGAAACGGGACAAGGUCACUGCCGAUAUCGUCGCGUGUGAUGCGUGUGUGUAUAGAAACUAACGACGUCAGCGCCUUACCCAUCCCCUCCUUCAUAUCUCUCCAAUAUCUGUCCCUGGCUUCUUAACUUCUCUUUUGUAUGUUUGCUAGCUCUUUCAAUCCGUAAUCUAUGGUUGUACGUACAUUUCUUCUUGCUUUUCAAAGCUCUGUCCAAACUAUAUCUGCCAAAAGCCUCUUUCUGGCGUUUCCUCAUGUCAUUACGAUCUAUAAAUCUCCUCUGUUUCAAUUUUUGCACGCUGUUUUACAUACUCACGGACUAGUGCAUGGGACGGUGAAUGGACGAUGGACCUUCCGCUUGUUCGCUAUCUUGCAAUGUACUUGCUCUACAGUUUCGUAUUGUAUACAUCCAUGUGUGUUUUUACUGCAUAAUUAAAAACUGCUUAUUUUGUAUCUGACUAG